UAUCGUCAAUCUGCUCCCGCUCGUAUGCAUGGAAUUUCCGCAAGCUCCUUUGCGGCCCACAAGCACAUGCGAAUCGUCAUCGAGGGCGCAGCCCCGAGCAAGUGAACGGGCUUGUUAGAACGGCCGCAGGUGCCAAUUGCGUUCCUUCCCAUUCCGUAGUCAUUAGACUCUGUCAGAGUCGGAGGAAAUCACAGGACUUUUAGUCUUAGCAGUUUUGGGAGUUGUCUUGGCUUGUUGAUCCCGAUGACGAAGGAGCGUCUGAGAGCGCGCUUAUCCAUUUCUACCCAGGUAGAUCUUUGGUUUGGGCAGUCGCGCUGGGUAACAGUCUUUUGAUUGAUAUGCAUAGGGCAUUCACUGCCCCCUUCAUUCCUUCUUCAACUCAAGCUGCAGCUGGUUAUAUUUGAGAAACUUCCCUAAAGUCCAUAUUGCUUAUCAUCUCUAAUCUAUUUUCCCUUUCAACUUCACGGACUCACGAGGUUCAAGGCGAAUAUCCAGAGUUCAAAUUCAUCGGCAUCAGCCAUGCACGAUUUGGCUGACACUAUAAAGCCAGAGGAUCAGGGCAUGCUGGUCAGUGACGGCAUUUAUUGGCCCGUACUCGUCUUGCACGAGGACAUGGUCCCAGAGAAAGCUAGAUUGAAGAGAGAAAACGACGACCUGUUGCCCGUCUUUCUCUUCCAGAAGGACGAAAUCCGCUACGUGCAACGGGACGAGAUCCAAAAGACAAGCGUUAAAGAGUUCUCAGUGUUAUUUGACUUGGCAGGGCAUGCCAAAGAUAAAACUCUUCAGCAGGCUUUUCACCUGGCAAUGCGCAACGACGGUGCGCGGUAUUGGAAGAGAUAUAUUCGAGACGCCUGGCUCGCUCGGUCUUUCCAAUGUGAAGAGUAUGAUCCCAUUGUGGACUCUGGAAGACUCUACAGUCCCCACAGUUCCCACAGAAAGCGAGGUCGCGAUGACAGUAUCAAUGGAGAGUUUCGAAAGAGGGGUUGUAAUCGAAUGAAGCGCACCAAGAAAACUUCGGGUUGCGUACACAAUUCAUCUGAAACUGAAACUCCUGAUUCGAGGAACAUCAAGGCCAGUAGUAUUCCUCCUGGUGCUACGGUGAUUGACUUAAGCAAUGAAGUGAAUGAUAAAAGGCAUGAAAUCUGGACUGAUCUAGAAGACGCUCAUGUUCUGCGCGAAGAGCAAGCUGUCUCUGAUCGAAAUAUUAUUGCUGAAACGCCCCGAAAGAAAUCUAAUCAUCGUACUAAACCGUCCACUGAUCUGAAUCAACUCUAUUCAAGCGGCCAUCAAUCGGAAAAACGGCUCAAGGAAAAGUCAGUCAAGAACCACUGUGACGACACGCGGACGCGAGAUUUCAGACUGCAAGGUCACACAAAUAGUAAAUCACAUCUCUCUAGCCAAACUUCUUCUGCAAAGUUCGAGAUUAAAUCCCACACUGCUAUAUUUUCACCAGGGCAUAAGACUUCUAUGGAUGGAGAUUUAAGCUCAUGCCAACAGAACCUAUCUAGUACCAAAAAUGAUACGAAGAAAAAUUGCAGCUCACCGAGGCCCAAAGAUAAGGAAAUUAGUGCUCACAAAUUUUCGGUAACAGAAGACGCCGAAAUCAUACGUUUUCGGGAGCAAAGUACCUGUUGUGUCUCUUGGCUGGAUAUUGCAACAGAGUUACAACAAAGAUUUCCCUCGACUAAGUGGCUAGCUACGAGCAUUAGGUUGAGAUAUCUGAAUUGUCUCAAAGAGGGUGCGCAAGGAGAUAAAUAUACUUCUGCUGAGGCUUGCACCAAAGCUCGAAAGCGUGCACUUGCUUACCUUAAGCGUCAAACUCACCACCUUACUCCAGUCAGAACUGAACUAAAACUAGAUGCUCAAGAUGAUAAGACUACUGAAAUAAAUACCUGCGAGGAUGGUAGAGAUGAGAAGAACGAAAACGUUGAGAAAGGUAAAUUGGACGGCAAUAACUGUAGCAUUGACAAGGGCGCUAGGGACGAAGAUGAAAACAAAAGCAAAUUUGAUGUUGACAAAGCGCCAAAAUUUUCUCUAAAUAAUAACGAUAGGGGAUCCACAACUCUAGAAAACGUUAGCAACAACGUGGAGAACGACACGGAAGAGGAGAUGAUAACAGUAAUUAUUGGGAAAGAAAAAAAGAAAUUUCGUGUUCCUAUCACUCGAAUACUGGGAAAUGUCCUUUUCAUCGAGGACGCACAAAUAGUGGACGGACUCGGCACUGUUGUGACAGGUGCACGCUGGGCACGCAUUACUCCAGAUGCAUUUUGGCCAGUCUACGAGUACCUCAAAUAUGGCGACUACCGUCCGCGAAUGGUCGGAGAUCAGAUUGAGGAAGUAGAAGAAGGUGGGCAUGGAGGAGAGAUCGUCCGCUGUGGGCAGGCUUUCGAUAUCGCACGUGAGCUGCAGAUUGACGAACUUAUGAGUCUCGCCUGUCGCAAAUUCAGAAUCCUUAACAAAGGCCCAGCAGCUGUCAUGAUGGCAGCUCGCUUAGUUUUCAAACGAGAACCCGAUGAGACUAUCCAUGACGCUCUGAUGCGAGAAUUGAUUCUAGACGAGAUUGAUUCAAACUAUCAGCGGUAUUUCAAGCAGCAGUCGAGGGAGAUCUUCAUCCUGGCUCGCGAAGCAAUAGACUUCAAACAAGGGUUAUGGAAACGAUUGGGCUUAAGGUUCACAAAUGAAGCCGGAGAAAAAUGAGAGAGAGAGUAGGUUGUUUUCAUGAACUUAAUGGGAAAAACCGUUGAAAUGAGGGAUUUGAUAAGGUUUUAACUCGGUGGCUCACACCUUACCUCACACAUCUCAGGAGAGAACCGAGUAUUCUGUAAUAUUACACAGUCCUUUGCACUCCUCAUGCGGCAAAAUUGAAAGUAAUAUGAAGUCAAACAAAG